AUGGCUUCCCACCUUCUUCUCCUCGCCACCUUGGCACUCCUCUUCAUCGCAGCCGCAGGGCAGGAGGGCAACAAGAUCAUGAAGCUGUUUAAUCCGUCCUACUCGACGACGGACAACUACACUGACGGCAGCCAGUACAAGAAGAACCGCACCCACAAAAUAUCAAGCACCCACAAAAUAUCAACCGACUAUGCAGUAUAG